CACUCCCAGCCCUGAGCUGCCACCGCCACCACCCCCCAGGCCCCGGACACGAUGCAGGCCAUCAAGUGUGUGGUGGUGGGAGACGGAGCCGUGGGCAAGACCUGCCUUCUCAUCAGCUACACCACCAACGCCUUCCCCGGAGAGUACAUCCCCACCGUGUUUGACAACUAUUCGGCCAAUGUGAUGGUGGAUAGCAAGCCCGUGAACCUGGGGCUGUGGGACACGGCCGGGCAGGAGGACUAUGACCGCCUCCGGCCACUCUCCUACCCCCAAACGGACGUCUUUCUCAUCUGCUUCUCCCUUGUCAGCCCAGCGUCCUAUGAGAAUGUCCGUGCCAAGUGGUUCCCUGAGGUGCGGCACCACUGCCCCAGCACACCCAUCAUCCUGGUGGGCACCAAGCUGGACCUGCGGGACGACAAGGACACGAUCGAGAAGCUGAAGGAGAAGAAGCUGGCACCCAUCACUUACCCGCAGGGCCUGGCACUGGCCAAGGAGAUUGACUCAGUGAAAUACCUGGAGUGCUCGGCCCUCACCCAGAGAGGCCUGAAAACCGUCUUUGACGAGGCCAUCCGGGCCGUCCUGUGCCCUCAGCCCACGCGGCCACAGAAGCGUCCCUGCAGCAUCCUCUAGGG